CCAUAAUGCAUUUAAGCUGCCUGCUUAGGCUGAGUUAGCAGUCCAUGACUGCUGCCCAAAAAGGUAGGAAUAAGGACUUUAUUUAGACUAGAAUUCAAGAUACUAGCUAAGCCUGAUUGUUUUUAAUCCUUGAUUUAUAUUUAUAGAGAACAUCCCAGUCAGGGCUCUGGCUGUUUGAUGGAUUAGGAAAAAAACUCUGAUAGGUAGCUAAGAACAAAAGUUAUUUUUCCCUUCAACAACACCUGCUUAAGAAAGCACUGGUGUUCAGGGACCUAUUCUAAUUGCCUGAAUUUUAUAAAGAACAAUUUCAUUUCCCUGAGGAGAUAUGCGUUUUGAACCUGUAUGAAGGGCCCAUCUGCUUAAGUUUAUAGAACAAGGCAUCAAACAAAUCAUUGAUUAUAAGAAAAGAAGCUUAAAAGGAAAAAAAAAUGGUGAAGUUGUCCAGCUCUGCAUGUAGAGACUGCUAUAUGUAGUAGGUGUUUCAUAAAUGCACAUUGGUGUGACUGACAGGCAUCAGUUUUCAUACCAUAACCCUGUUAGAGACAAUGGCAAAAAAGAAAAUUAAAAAGAAAGUGGAAGAACUGCAAAAUAAGAAAGAAGAAUAUGGACCAGAAAAAAUCCUUGACCAGCGAUUGGUAAGGGAUCAAGUACAGUACCUGGUAAAGUGGAAAGGUUUCAGGGAGGAGGAAAGUUCUUGGGAACCAGGGGAAAAUUUAGAGUCCCCUGACCUCAUUGAGAAAUUCUUAGAAUCCCAGAAAAUAGCCUGUGAACUCGAGGAAGGCAGAAGCAAACCUAACUUGUGUAAUGGAAGAAUGAGAGAGAACAAACUGAAAAGAAAGAAAGAGACGUCCAAAAAACCACAAAAUCUGGCCCCAAAUUUGGAGGCAGAGAAGAUUAUUGAUGCAGAUAAAACCAAUGAAGAAUUGAAGUUCCUGGUGAAAUGGAAAAACAGUGAUAAAGCUGACUUUGUUCCUGCCAAGGAAGCCAAUAUCAUGUGGCCCCAGCUGGUCAUUAGCUUCUAUGAAGAAAGGCUGACGUGGAAACAGCCGGUGAACUAGUGUUAACUAGAACCGAUUUUAUCUUCAGCCAUCCUCUAGGCUGCUGGGUCAAUGGAUUUGAAAUGGGUGAGGGGGGAAAAAAAGCUGCAUUUGUCUUGAGGCUACAGAGGCAGCUUGCGAUGUCCUUAGACAAAAGAACUGGUGCUUUGUUUAUGUUUUUGGCAUCCCAAAUCCAUUAAAUAAUUCUGGCCUAGAUAAGUUUGCCAGCCCAACCCAAGGGAGAGAGAAAGUGAUUCAGGAAGGAUUUUUUGCUUUGUUGAGCAGAUAGGCAAAGAAUCUUCUGUGAAGAACAAAACUUCUAGAGUAUCUACUCCUUAUAGUGUAUUGGGCCCCAAAAAGAACCAACAAUUUCUCAGACUCUCUGAAACCAUCUACAUCGUGUUAACUUUGUUAUUAUCACAUACCAUUGUGUUAAAUUUGGGAAGGGAAAAGUGAAUGAAAAAGGUCAUUUUUUUUGGGUUGUUGUUAUGAGAGGUAAAAGGAGAAUUCAAAGUCUAGAAUAUUAGCUUUAAAAAUCACUGGUACAAUAAAUGAGCACUACAAAAGA